AUGCGCCUUCUCAUCAUCUUAUGCGCCGUGUUACAGGCAGCAUUCGUCGUUGCGGAUAAACCGUACGCGCUAAAGCUCCUGAAUGCGACUCCCAGUAUGGCAAUUGACGACUCUGUACCGCGAUUCGCAUGGGCAUCAUCCUUUGAACAGAGGGGAUCGAAUCAGUCGGCAUACCAGAUCCAAGUUCAUGACGCGAAAAGCCACCCGAUAUGGGACUCGGGUCGAGUCCGCUCUUCAGUACAGCAAGGCAUCAAUUAUGGAGGGCCACAACUCGAGACGUGUAGUGCCUACACGUGGAGGGUGCGUUUGUGGAAUCAGAAUGGCAAACCCUCAGACUGGAGUACCGCCUCCAAUUUUUCCACGGCUUUCUUCGAUGCCUCGGAUUGGAGCGAUGAAGCGAUCUGGAUCAGCGCGCCGCAAAGCCGGGCUGGUCUCGCCGGAAGCAAUUGGAUCACCCCACCAACAGGUUCCAGUAGCACAACGGUUUCCAAAAAUAUAUCUCUUACUGAUGGUACCAUUGUAAGCGCACUGACAACUGUGAGUGGUGAAGGUAACUUCAAUCUCACAGUCAACGAACGAGUAUCCAAACAAUUCAAUGGUACCUGGAAAGACGGUGUUGUGGACCUGGAUCUGAAGAAUUUCCUUCAGAAUGGAUCUAAUAUAAUCUCUAUCUCGGCUCCGGCAUCCGCCCCAGGCGUGACUAUGCGAAUGGAAAUCCGAAUGUCAGACGGGUCGUGGCUCCUCGUGGUGACAGACAGCACUUGGCAUGAUAGUGAAGGUGAAAGCGUCACCAAUCUAGGAGACUACACCCAAUCGUCGUUUGCGGGGAUCGGGAUCCUUGAGAAGAACGGCGCUGUCAAUGACGAGCCUUCAUCGUUCCGUCGAUCGUUCACUGUCAAGGGAGACGCACGCGUUAGCCGUGCGACGUUAUACAUAACCGGCCUUGGCCAUUUCAUGGCUUACCUUAACGGCCAGAGGGUCGGAGACAACGUCAUCGACCCGGGAUGGAGCGACUAUGAUGACAGAGUAUAUUAUGUGGCGCUAGACGCUACGGAACUCAUCCGCAUAGGGACAGAGAACGUGCUAGGUGUCCAGCUUGGAAAUGGCUGGUUCGAUUACCAAACUAUGCACAUGUCAGAGCGCUGGGGUUGGGGAGAGUCGGCAGUAUACAUUCGGAAUUGGGGCAUCAUGCGCAUCUUUGCGCAGCUAAUCAUCGAGUACGACGAUGGUACGGUUCAGGAAGUCGUCAGUGAUCGGUCUUGGACAUCAGAUAUAGGACCCUGGAUACUGACAACGGGCCACGGGUCUGAAUCUUACGAUGCCAGGCUGGAGCAGGCUGGGUGGAACACGGCCGCGUUCGAUGACUCGGCUUGGAGCCCCGUUAAUAUCAUCGAUGCGCCUCCUGGGCAAUUACAGGCUCAGCGAACGGCCCCGCUUCGAGUCCAGGACACUCUCCAGGGCACAAUGAUAGCGGACAGCUCCGACUAUAUCAUCUUUGAUCUCGGUAUUAAUAUCAAUGGGCAACAAGAGAUCACUGUGUCCGGGCCACGUAAUACUACUGUUACUAUCAUUGGAGGGGAACGGAUCGGUAGUAACGGCCACGUCCAGGCAAUUGGGGACUCGAAGCAAAAUCCUGCCUCUGCGGAUUACCAGACUCUCUCUACAUACACCCUAAAAGGAAGUGGGAAUGAGACCUGGCGACAGAGCUUUUCGACCGUGGGAUUUCGAUAUAUUGAAGUGCAGGGAGCGACGGCGCCGGCGGACACCGCAUCAAAUCUACCUACUGUACAAGGCGUCAGGGGAUAUUUUGUCCACAGCAAUGUGCCCGUCGCAGGGUCUUUUAACUCUUCUAGCGAUGAGUACAACGCGGUCUACGAUAUAGUUCAGCGAACGAUGCUGAGCAAUCUCGUGUCCAUCCAUACGGACUGUCCAACAUACGAGAAACUAGGGUGGCAGGAGGUGGUAUCUGACCUCACCUCAUCGUACGCCUAUAUCCUUGAUAUCCAGAGUUACUAUUCUGUUCUGAUGGGCCAUGCUCGUGACGGUCAACUCGACAAUGGCCUUGUCCCGGACAUUGUACCUGCCUACACUGCUGGAACUGGUGCGUAUAAUGAUGCCCCAUCCUGGGGUGCGGUGGUCAUUAAUGCACCGUGGGGAAUAUACCAAAUGUACGGGGACAAAACAGUCCUAAACGAGAAUUAUGACGCUAUGAAGAAAUACUACGCCUAUCUCCAGAGCAAGGCAGUAGACAACCUAAUCACGUACGGCUUGGGUGAUUGGGUCGCCCCAGCGAGAGUACAGGUCCCUAAUGUGGCGGGUGCUAUUUAUGUGAGAAGCGCUGAACAAAUGGCCAGAAUUGCUCAAAUCUUGGAAGAGAGUGCCGAUGCCAAUAACUUCAACUCCGCCUUCAACGUGAACAGGCAGGCAUACAACGACGCCUACUUCAGCACAGGCAAUUGCAGCUACGCUCCCAAUACGCAGGCUGUUCAAGGAAUGCCAAUAGCAUUCGGAAUCAUCCCGGACAUCCAGCUUCACUGCGGCUUGUCGGCACUUAUACAAACUAUCGCCGACGGUGGGUACCUGGCGGGCCAGGAUAUUGGGUUUGGCCCGAACCUUGCUAACCAUACCACCAUGGGCGAUAUCUCUAUCGCUUCCGUACUACGCGCUCUCAGUGAUCUCGGCCGUCCUGAUCUCGUCGAGACAAUGAUGCUCCAGCCUACUCUACCAGCCUACUGGGCACUGGCGGCCGACGGCCAGACCUCCCUCCCAGAGAACUGGGACUAUACCAUCGCACGAUCCUUGAACCACGAUAUGUUUGCUGGCAUUAUGGAGUGGUUCUACAGGACGGUCGCGGGCAUCCAGCCACUGGAGCCGGGCUUCUCCAAAGUUGCAAUCAAGCCUGCAGUCCACCUACUCUCCCCCACCGAGGUGCAGGCCUCAUACCGGAGUAUCCGCGGUGACAUUACCGUCCAGUGGAAAAAGACUACUUCGAAAGAUGCAAGUAUAUCCGUGUCAAUUCCUGGCAAUACCAUAGGGUUGAUCUAUAUUCCAUCGGGCUAUGUCUCGUUGCGUGAUGCUGCUCGCCUUAGCAGUGCACAGGGAGUGAGGUCUGUUGAGUGUGAUGAUGGUUACACAGUGGUGGAAGUUGGAUGUGGUGAUUACGUUUUCGAUUUUACCCUUUAG